CGCUGUCCCUUCCCGUCGUUCUGCCGGCGGCCAAGAACCGAACAGCGGCGGCGGCGGCGGGGGCGCUGCGUGUCGCGGCGCAUCUGUGCUUCGAAAUGACUGAGGAAGUGAUCAAGGAGGUCAUCAGAGUCUCAACUCCUGAAUCGGUUAGACCGAAGAGCAGUGGUUGCCCGGUAAAUUCUCCUGAAAAUGUAGAUGGCAGCAGUGUGACACCUGACCUGAAGAGGAAGGAGAAGCCAGUGCCACAUUACCAGAGAGCAUCCACUGGUUCUUGCCAUGACAACUGCAAAUCUGGGCUCCACCAUUCGCUUGAAUCCAAGAAGUACUGGCCUGAUCAUCGCAGGCGUCAGGGCAGUGCCAAUAUCGGGUGCAGGAAGCAAGACCAGGAUGAAAUCUUGCAACGGAAAGGCAGGCAGAGAAACAAGAACCUGUCACUGAAGAUUUCCCUUGUGAGUGAUGGCAAUGCUUCUGCUAAGCCUGAACUCAUCAAGGUGAAGCUGCCCAUGGAAAUGGCAUUUGACAACUCUGAAAGCUCACCAUGUGUGCAAGAGUUGUCAGCUGAAGCAUCUGAACGUGUUGAGGCUGGAACUCUGCCAUGUGAUGAUGGUAAAUGGUUGAUCCCUGAUGACAAUGUGCCAUGUUGUGUGGAUGGAGAAUCAUCAGAGGGAGCUGUAAGCAUUGAGCUGGAGAUGCUGUUGGCCAUCCAGGACAGUGACACGUCUGAAGAUCAUAUUGCAGAUGUCAUUUUGCCUUCUGAACGUGUGGAUAACAUGCCUGAUCGACCAGAAAAUAAGUGUGCAGGUUCAGAGAAGAGGAACACUCAGGUUGUGAUGACCUCAGAGAAGCAUGGAAAUUCUGGGCAUGGGACUGAAACUGAAUCAAAGAGUUUACAUAAGGAGUCGGUAAAACCAAAGGCAAAAGAGACGUUGACCACAUCUAGAAGCAAUGCCUCAAACCAGAAAAGUGGAAGAACAUCGCAUCGGAAGUCUUCAGGUACAGAUGUUGAAAACCCCAAUGGAUCAAAGUUAGUGAGAACCAUCAAGUUCAACAGGGACAAGAAAUGCAGCUCUACUGUCGCAUCCGAUGUGCCAAAAGCGAAGGAGGUCAAAGUUCCAUCACCAGCUAAUGUGAUGGAUCAAUCUUCCAAACCUGCCAGGCAAUCAAAGUUGAAGGUUCUGAUGGCAAAAGAUGAUCAAUCUCCAUCAGUUAAUUCUGUGAAACAAACUGGCAGAAAGAUGAUAGUGACAAAUGUCAAGAGUGCUCAUGUCUGGCAAAAGAAGGUAGAAGAGAAGGUAAUUUUAAGUCCGCUGAAACUGUCUCGUUCUAUAAACAUGUCUGCCAAGUCUCUUUUGAGCAUAAAGAUGAGAGCAGCCAAGAAAGAAAAAACUGCUAAAUCUGCUCCCCCUGGUAAGAGCAACAGUAAGGUUUAUGGAGCAGAAAAUGCGGUUGCUGACACUAAGGAGAAAAAUCUCAAGACAGCUUCACCUAAAGUGACAAAAGUAGCAGUGAAUAACAAAGAAGGCCAUCCUCUGAAAGAAAAAUCUGCCGCUCCAAGAACCGAAAACACAAGGCGGCCAAAGUCUGCAACAACCGUAUCAUCCUCUAGCAUCAUGCUACAGUCGCCUCGCAAGCUAACUCUCCGUCGAGGAAAGGUACUGAACCUGCAGAGCAACUCAGAGCCGAACACCACAGCGAGACGACUCCAGCUCAGGCCUGCAAAGACUGCAGAAGACAGCAACAGCAACAGGAGCAAGGAGUCCACUACCAAGAAUGAGAAGAACAAGGGCAGUGCAGCUCCUUCUGGGUCGAAAGAUUCAGGCUCUCCAAGAGCUGAAACUGUCGUCCUGAGGCAGCAUCGGGAUGCCAGGGACCACAGGAAGAAGAAGAAGGAGCAAGGGUGGCUGCUCAACGACGUGAUCGAGGAGGCCGCGAGCAGGCUCUCCGGGACUAGGAAGAGCAAGGUGAAGGCCCUCGUUGGCGCCUUCGAGACCGUGAUCUCGCUUCAGGAAAGGAAGGCGGCUCUGACCUGAAUGAAAAUGUGCCAUUUUGGUUUUCGACCUUGUGAACUUCUUGUAAAUAUGGAGUCUUUCAAGUUUUGCAUGUUUUGUGUCUGUGCAAUAAUAAAUAUGCUGUGAUUGUAUACUAAACAGGUGAUCAUUUCAGUGGCUUAAUUUAUAUUGUGUUGUGUUCUGC